GGAUUCCCAUGUUCUUCUUCCUUUCUUCUUCGAAGCUAUUCCUGGAAAGUUUAUGCAAAUUCUUGGCAAUACCGAAGCUUCUUGGCUUUGAUCUGCUGUUCAUAGUCAUCUCCACCCCAGUUCUUAUUCAUGGUUAAGUUGUUGAUGUUGUAUGGGACUAUGAGUAGAUGUUGAGUUUGUGGCAGCUUAAGUUUAGAGCUCAAUCUUUUCAUUACAAGUCCAAAGCUGAGGAAAUGAAACUGUUACGAGUUGCUGGUGUAGUUUUCAUUAUCAUCUCAGCCUUCCAGUUCGUGAAUAUACGUUACUAUGGUGGUGAUAUAUUCUCUUUAUCUUCUCAAGAUGAGUUUCCGUUAUCCCUACAUGAAAGCACAGAACCAAUCAGGCCAGUGCCAGGUCCUGUAAGAGUCAAUGUUAGUAGUUUGAAUUCAGCUGAAGGGGAGAGAACCGGUUUAGGAGAGGUCUAUGUAUCUGUUCAGUCUCAUGAUAGUUUUGCAGAGGGUACAAAAGAUAAGGAAGCUCUGUACUCGCUCCUAGAGACAAGAAGCAGCAGCUCCAACGGGAGUGAUGCUGACAUUGUUAAUGAAAAUAGUAGAAAUGUGGAGACUCUUGAGAGCGAAUCUGAUGAUAGUUCCGUAGAGGAUGAUGCAAAAGAUAAAGAAACUCAGGAUGAUUUUCUGCUAGAGACAAGAAGCAGCAGCUCCAACGGGAGUGAUGCUGAGAUUGUUAAUGAAAACAAUAGGAAUGUGGAGACUCUGGAGAGUAGUAGUAGAUCUGGUGAUAAUCUUUCCACAGAGGUGAAAAGAGUAAUGAAUGUUACAGAAUCUGGGGUGGUUUCUAUCGCCGAGAUGAUGAGUUUAUUGCAUCAAAGCCGCGCUACUCAUGUCUCAUCGAAAAUGAAACGGCCUUCUGCUGUUGAUCAGGAGCUCUUGUACGCAAGAACCCAAAUUGAGAACCCACCAAUGGGGGAGAACGACCCUUUACUGCAUGGUCCUUUGUAUUGGAAUCUGUCCAUGUUCAAAAGGAGCUAUGAGCUAAUGGAGACAAAGCUCAAAGUAUAUGUCUACAGGGAAGGCAAAAGACCUGUAUUUCACAAGCCAGUGCUGAAAGGGAUAUAUGCAUCUGAGGGAUGGUUUAUGAGACAGCUCAAGGCCAGCAAAACAUUUGUCACCAAAAACCCUCGUAAAGCUCACCUGUUCUACCUUCCUUUCAGCUCCAAAAUGUUGGAAGAAUCUCUCUAUGUCCCUGGUUCUCACAGCGACAAGAAUCUCGUUAAGUUUCUGAAGAACUAUUUGGACAUGGUUUCCUCUAAGUAUCACUUCUGGAAUAAAACUGGAGGAUCAGAUCAUUUUCUCGUCGCUUGUCAUGACUGGGCUCCUUCCGAGACAAGGCAGUACAUGGCUAACUGCAUCAGAGCGUUAUGCAACUCUGAUGUCUCAGAAGGUUUUGUGUUUGGUAAAGAUGUAGCCCUUCCCGAGACAACUAUUCUUGUUCCCAGGAGACCGCUCAGGGCUCUAGGAGGUAAACCAUCUUCCCAAAGGCACAUACUCGCCUUCUUUGCAGGUGGGAUGCACGGCUACCUUAGACCUCGCUUAUUACAAACCUGGGGAGGUAACAGAGAUCCAGACAUGAAGAUAUUCAGUGAGAUACCAAAAACUAAAGGGAAAAAUAAGAGUUACAUGGAGUACAUGAAGAGCAGCAAGUAUUGCAUUUGCCCAAAAGGGCAUGAAGUCAAUAGCCCUAGGGUCGUGGAGGCACUGUUCUAUGAGUGUGUCCCUGUUAUCAUAUCUGAUAACUUCGUGCCUCCUUUCUUUGAGGUCAUAAACUGGGAGUCUUUUGCAGUGUUUGUGUUGGAGAAAGACAUUCCUGAUUUGAAGAAGAUAUUAUUGUCUAUAACUGAGGAAAGAUAUAGAGAGAUGCAGAUGAGAGUGAAGAUGGUGCAGAAGCAUUUCCUUUGGCAUUCUAAACCUGAGAGAUUUGAUAUAUUUCAUAUGAUACUUCAUUCUAUUUGGUACAACAGAGUUUUUCAAACUUGAAAAACCACAUAUAAUACAUGUGAUUACAGAGA